UGACGUCACUGGGGAAAAUGGCUGCGCGCUAUAUGCUGGGACGUGUUUGUGCACUGCCGCGGGUUUUCCCUGCGAAACUUCUCUCUCCCGCGCGGCUCUCGGCGAGCGCGUGCUUCCACAGGGAGCUGUCACUCACUCCUCGCUUCUGUACAGCACUGAAGUUCACAGACAAACACGAAUGGGUGCGAGUGGAACAUGGCAUUGGCACUGUGGGCAUCAGUGACUUCGCUCAGGAGGCUUUGGGUGACGUGGUCUACUGCGGUCUUCCUGAUGUUGGCACAAAACUCUCCUCAUCAGAUGAGUUCGGCACUCUGGAAAGCGUGAAGGCAGCGAGCGAGCUGUUCUCUCCUUUAACAGGGGAGGUGACUGAGAUUAACCACGCUCUUGCUGAUAAUCCCGGACUGGUCAAUAAGUCUUGCUACAAAGAUGGCUGGCUGAUAAAAAUGACAGUAUCAGUACCAGAGGAGCUGGACGCUCUAAUGGAUGAAGCAGCGUACAGGAGAUACAUCAAAUCUAUGGAGGAGGAGUAAUGAUCCAGUCCCAACCUCAUGUUCAUGGAUUUGACAUGUUCAUGUUCUCCUGUGGGUGAAAACGCAAGACUGUGGACUGCCUAAUUCUUUAUUACUGAUUUGUCUGAUUAAAGUCUGCUCUUUAGUUUCCAUAUAUAGAAAUCUAGAUAGAUUCCAGGCAACGAAGCUGCUAAAACGACCCACUGUGUGAUCAAGAGGUACAGUAACAAAUCAUUCAGUGCGCUCUCUCUGCAUUCCGGCCUAAAGCUAAUCGCGCGAUGCCGGUUCAGUCUGUGUGCGGAGGUGUGUGAGGCAGAACCUGCAUGCUGACUUGAUAUCCGUUUGGUUUCGGUGACCAGCUUAUGAUCUGUUCCUUCCUUGUUUUUUGUUUAGAGUCAGCAGCUGAGAGGUGAAGAUUACUAACCCGUAUUAAAUAAACGACUAAAUUUCUCAA